CUUAGUGCAAUUAUUAAGAUCUGAAUUUAGGUAUGCCCCCAGACACCACAGUAAACCACACCUUUGCCUUAGGUUCUUGAAAGAAAGAAAAAGACUAAAUUAGGAGUAAAAAUAUAUAAAAUGUAUGUUAUGACAGAUGCCGAGCCCAUGCAGACCGAUGGUGUCCCUCGGGUGGAAAGAAAUGAUAAUGAAGAUUCAGAUGUAAGGACCGCGAGGGACGAGGAGGCUCGGACAGUGGAUGCACAGGGUGUCCGCUGGGGUGAUCAGCAAUUUUCUUGUAGUGACAAGAAGAAAAAUAAGAGAACCCUAUUCUCUAUCUUUGCCUCUCUCGCCGCCACAGGAGCUGCGUGCGUUCCUCUCUCUCUCUCCACCUCACCUUCUGGAGUCCGAAGGCACUCGAAGCCUUCCCUACCCCAAUACAUUCGUAUCAUUGGUGCUUUUGUUGCCAACAUGUCUUCUGAUCUCGCAAACAUCCCCGAUCAAUUGGCCACCUUGGAUGCUCAGUUCAAGGACUUACAAGAUGCCAUUGCCGACAAUGCAAAGCAGUUACAACAAGAAUUUGAGAUUCGAUUGGCUUCCCAGGCCACUAGGCUUGAUGACCAGUAUGCUAGGCACAUUACGGGAUCCAACGAAGAGAUUUUGAUCUCCUUGUUCCACGCCGCGCUGCAGCAUCAUUUGCAACAGGAGAUCACUAUGCUUAAACCAACGAUGUUGUCUGCUUCGUUUGCCAUGGCACGCGAACUGGAAGAGAGACAUGCGGCCCUCGUUCAAUCCUUCCAGCAACGGCCGCCCUUUUCUCAUUCCGGUGGCAUGCGUCGAGGACCACCCAAGGGCGAUGACGACUCGACUCCUCUAACCGCGGAGGACUUAGUUGUGACGGCUGACAUCUCUAGCUUGAAUAAUUUUGCGGGUCUUCAGCCUCCGCAGUCAUUACGCUUGAUGGGGCGCGCCGGCACUCAGGAUGCUCGGGUGUUAAUUGAUGGGGGUAGCACCCAUAAUUUUAUUCAUCCGGAAGUCGUGGCAAAGCUACAGUUACCCAUUACCGUUGUUCCUCCAUUCCGGGUGUAUGUAGGGAACGGGGACGCCAUGCCGUGUAUGUCACAGUGUGUGGGGGUGUGCCUCCUCAUGCAAACUCAUUUGUUUUUGGUUGAUUUGUUUGUUCUACAAAUUCAUGGGCAAGAUUUGGUUUUGGGUGUCCAAUGGCUGCAGCAACUCAGCAAAGUGGCCCAAGAUUUUGCGCAAUUGACGUUGGAAUUCACUUGGGAAGGGAAUCUGGUACAGCUUCGGGGCGGCACCACGCCUAAGCAAGUCUUCUUUUCAAUGUUUAAAGCUCUCAGUACUGGACAGCAGGUUGUGGCCUAUUAUGAAAUGUUGCCUCUUUUACUCGAUAGCCACGCCAAACCAGGGGGAUAGGCGUGGUUUCCGAACCCAUCCCAGCACCAAUUGCAGAUUUGUUGGAGUCCUUCUCAGCCAUAUUUGAGUUACCCACGAGUCUGUCACCGCAUCGAAUCGCUGACCACCGCAUUUUUUGCAACCCGGGAGUGUUCAAGUAAACGUCUGCCCUUACC